UUUUCCCCCUCGCUAUGGACCAAUGAUUGAAGUUUACCAAAUUCCUGUGUUUUACACAUGUUACCUGGUGAGAGGCGACUUCCUUGUUCAUGUUUAAUCGGUAACAUUAGCCUCGGGUGAGACGGGUAUAUAUCACUGGAUCACUCUGCCUGUUCAGAUCUCAUGAGUGGGGUGUACCGUGGUCUACCUGUGUUUUGUUUUUCUCCGUAUUGUAGGAUAUUUCUGCACCAGAAAUCACGGUGUAUUCACAUCCAAUCAGUGGUUACUGUAUUCUGCAGACGACAUGGUGUUAUAAAACCCCAUUUUUGUGAAUAUUCAUUGCAUAUAUAUAUAUAUGAAAUACAUACCGAAUUGUGUACACUGCAUACAUCCAUCGAAUACUUACCAUGGGAUUUUGGAGAAGAGUAUUUUGGACGCGAAAUACCAAAUGGCAGGAAAAAGUAUUUAUACUCACAGUCAUAAUGGUGGUUUUCGUUACAAGCAUGAUCAAUCUGAGGCCACAGAUGUUCGUGUCGCAAUUGGAACCCAAGUUAACCAUGCAAAACCACAGGUUGGAUAAGAUAUUUGUCUCCAUUCAACCUCAGUUGGAUUUUCAAUACAAUGAUCGUUUUUAUUCGCCAGAAUUCAAUGAAACAAGUUAUUGUUUAGACUACUCGAAUCCGAGGACAAGGACAGAUUUUAAAGUUGGUUUUGACAGGACAGCAAACCCACUUCACCCUAUUAUGUUCUUUCCACCGGAAGUUAACAUCAGUGAAGUAGAAAAGAAACGGAUAUUACGUCUUCUUCCGGACAGUUUUCUCCACACAAAAUCUCAAUCUGAUCGAGUUUAUGAACAACUAGAACAUGUACCGCGGACGUAUUCAAAUAAUUCAAAAAUAAAAGUUGUGUAUAUUUGGUAUUUGGAACAAUGGAAAAACGUCCCAACGGGUUUAGAAUUCUUCAAACAUUGCAAAGUUAACCGUUGUAGUUUGACCCACGACAGGAAAGCGGAGGCAACAGCGGACGCCGUGGUGUUUGCAAAUUCUGGCCAUCUACCACGAUCGCCACCAUUUCAGAAAUCGUCUUCAAAACAAAUCGCGAUUUUAAACAUUAAUGAAAGCCCUGAUAGAUCGUGGUCAAUGGAAAAAUAUAAAAACUAUUUCAACUGGACAAACACAUAUCGGGUAGACUCCACCAUUUACGAUCCAUAUUUCAAAAUCGGACGGGAUUGUUGGAAGCCCCCAGUUAUUCCAAAGCCUGGUCGAAAUUACGCUGAAGGCCGGACUAAGAAGGUAGCUUGGAUGGUUUCUAACUGUCACAUUGUAAAGAGUGGUCGCAUGGAUUAUGCAAAAGCUUUAGGUAAGCACGUGCAAGUGGACAUCUACGGUGGCUGUGGUACAUUGUCAUGUCCAGCAUCUAAGCAUCGAGAAUGUGUGGAGAUGACCAGGAGAGAUUACAAGUUCUACCUUUCAUUUGAAAACCACAAGUGCCACGACUAUUUUACGGAGAAAGUGAUGAACGCCUACGACGCGGAGCUGGUACCAAUAGUAUUAGGAGCAAGAAAGGAAGAUUAUGCUCAAGUACUUCCUAAACAUUCCUAUAUCCACAUAGAAGAUUUCGAAUCACCAGAAAAAUUAGGAGAAUAUCUCAACCUUCUAGACAAAAAUGAUACACUUUAUAAUGAAUAUUUCAAAUGGAAAGAGACAGGAGAUAAAAUUAUGGACGAUUUAAAUUGGUGCCGGGUCUGUACACUUUUACAUGAAACGUCACUUCCUGUCAUGUGGUAUGAAGACAUUCAAAGAUGGUGGAAGCCUGACGGGGUCUGCAAUGGUGCUAAAACCUGGGCAUGACAUUUAUAUUAUUGAUUAUAAAAAUAGGGAAAUAGAAUAUUUUAAAACUUGACAAUGAGUGAAAAAGGGGGAUUUAAUAUACAUUUGUCUAAAAUAUUGUUGCAUAAAUUUAUCGUCAUGCCGUUCAAUUGCAUAAACUGGGUCGAUAAAUUGUCAUUGAGGUAGCGGAAGGUACUCUUCAAGAUUGAUUAAUGCCUGGAGCGGUUGGCAUACCCGGAUGUAUCCAUAUCUGUUCAAGUAACUAAGGUCAGUGGAGCCUUAGGCAGUACUGACUGGAGAGAAGAAAUAUCGAGUGUUAGGUAGAGC